AUGUCUUUCCGUGGGCGUGGCGCUGCCACUGGUGCGAACCGAGGCGGCUUUGGUAGCCGUGGUGAGAUGGGUACUGUCAUGCACGCCUGCGAGGGUGAGAUGGUCUGCGAGUCGAUCAACCCGAAGAUCCCCUACUUCAACGCCCCGAUCUACCUCGAGAACAAGACUCCCAUUGGCAAGGUCGAUGAGGUUCUCGGUCCCAUCAACCAGGUGUACUUCACCGUCAAGCCCCAGGAUGGCAUUGUCGCAACCUCGUUCAAGACCGGUGACAAGGUCUUCAUCGGCGGCGACAAGCUGCUUCCUCUGGAGAAGUACGUCUCAACCGCCUUGUCUGUCUACUAUCUUGUGCAGCGGGAACUGACUUUCUACCCAUCUAGGUUCCUUCCCAAGCCCAAGCCCCCUCCAGGUGCUGCUAAGCCCAAGCGUGCCGGUGGUGCUCCCCGCGGUCGUGGUGGUUUCGGUGCUCCCCGCGGUCGUGGUGGUUUCGGUGCUCGCGGCGGUGCUCCCCGUGGCCGUGGUGGCUUCGGUGGUGGUCGUGGCGGCAGUGGUUUCGGUGGCCGUGGCGGUGGCGGCGGUUUCGGUGGUCGCGGCGGCGGCUUCUCCCGCGGCGGUGCUCGUGGUGGCUCUCGCGGUGGCUUCCGUGGUCGUGGGUAA